GGUUUCAGACCAGAUUCAGUUCAGUUCUCUGGUGGCCGGUUUAAGAAGAACUGCCACGAGAGUCUGUCAAUCUUGCGCGUGCGUGUAAUUUUUUUUCGUCACGACAAAGAAUAAUCAACGAUAAUGUCGUACUGCGUUCGUGUAUUUAAGGCCCAGAGGGUGGCCGGGUUUGCUGCAGACAUCCAACAAAGAUGUUUCAGUGCAAGCCCAUUGACCUUUGCAGCUGCAAAAGUGGCUAUGUCAAAGUUUGACCAGACCACUUACCUUCCUUACGAUAAACUCGAAGAUAACAUAAAAAUUGUUAAGAAACGAUUAAACCGACCAUUGACUCUAUCUGAGAAAGUAUUGUAUUCUCAUUUGGAUGAACCCAAAACUCAAGAUGUUGUCCGUGGAACUAGCUACCUUAGAUUACGACCCGACAGAGUGGCAAUGCAGGAUGCAACUGCCCAAAUGGCAAUGUUGCAGUUUAUCAGCUCUGGUCUUCCAAAAGUGGCAGUACCCUCAACCAUUCACUGCGAUCACUUGAUCGAAGCUCAAACUGGUGGUGCUAAAGAUUUAUCUCGAGCCAAAGACAUCAACAAGGAAGUGUACAACUUCCUGAAGACAGCAGGAGCCAAGUAUGGUGUUGGUUUCUGGAACCCUGGAUCUGGUAUCAUCCAUCAGAUUAUUCUCGAAAACUACGCUUUCCCAGGUCUACUUAUGAUUGGAACUGAUUCUCACACACCAAAUGGAGGUGGCUUGGGGGGACUUUGCAUCGGGGUUGGUGGAGCAGAUGCUGUUGACGUAAUGGCUAACAUUCCCUGGGAAUUGAAAUGCCCGAACGUUAUCGGGGUCAAAUUAACUGGUGAGCUCAAAGGCUGGACCAGUCCAAAGGACGUUAUUCUUAAGGUUGCGGGUAUUCUGACCGUCAAAGGAGGCACUGGAGCCAUUGUGGAGUACUUUGGGCCUGGGGUUGACAGUAUUAGUUGUACCGGUAUGGCUACCAUUUGUAAUAUGGGUGCAGAAAUUGGAGCGACGACAUCAGUAUUCCCUUACAACAAACGGAUGCAAGCUUACCUCAAAGCGACAGGACGUGCGGAUAUUUCUGCAGCAGCUGAUCGGUACAGAGAAAGUCUUCUUACGGCCGAUUCCGAUGCUAAGUACGAUCAAGUUAUUGAAUUGGAUCUUUCAACAUUGGAACCUCAUGUCAAUGGACCCUUCACCCCUGAUCUUGCACAUCCAAUUUCCAAACUGGGCGCGGCCGCAAAGAAAAAUGGAUGGCCAAAUGAGAUCAAGGUCGGCCUCAUUGGGUCCUGUACCAACAGUUCCUAUGAAGAUAUGGGACGAUGCGCUAAUAUCGCUAAGCAAGCAAUGAAACAUGGAAUCAAAUCCAAGUCUAUUUUCAACGUUACACCCGGCUCAGAACAAAUUCGCGCAACUAUCGAACGUGACGGAAUUGGACAAACUCUCCGCGAGUUUGGCGGUGUGGUUCUUGCUAAUGCAUGCGGACCGUGCAUCGGUCAAUGGGAUCGUCAAGACAUAAAGAAAGGCGACAAGAAUACCAUUGUCACUUCUUAUAACCGAAACUUCACCGCACGUAACGACGCUAAUCCUGCCACUCAUGCGUUCGUAACAAGUCCCGAGUUGGUUACUGCGUUGUCUAUCGCCGGACGUUUAGAUUUUAACCCGGUAACCGAUAAACUGAAGGGUGCAGACGGCAAGGAAUUCCUCCUGGACGAUCCAUUUGGCGAUGAACUACCCAGCCGCGGCUUUGACGCUGGAGAAGAAACGUUCGAUUCUCCUCCCGCGGACGGUAGCAAAGUCAAAGUAGAUGUUGACCCCAAAUCUCAGAGGCUCCAGCUACUCGAUCCCUUCGACAAAUGGGACGGAAAGGAUUACACCGAUCUUACAAUUCUCAUCAAGACAAAGGGCAAAUGCACCACCGAUCACAUCUCUGCCGCAGGACCCUGGCUCAAGUACAGAGGUCAUUUGGACAACAUUUCUAACAACAUGUUCAUCGGCGCCGUAAAUGCGGAAAACAACGAAGUGAAUAAGAUCAAGAAUCAACUCACGGGAGAGUGGGGAGGUGUUCCCGACGUUGCACGUUAUUACAAGAAAAACGGCGUCAGGUGGGUGACCAUCGGGGAUGAAAACUACGGCGAAGGUUCGUCUCGGGAGCACGCAGCUCUUGAGCCCAGACAUCUUGGUGGACGCGCGAUAAUCGUUAAGAGCUUCGCUCGUAUCCACGAAACCAACUUGAAAAAACAGGGUAUGCUGCCGUUGACGUUCGCUAACGCUAGCGAUUACGACAAAAUUCAACCGACCGACAAAAUUAACAUUCUUGGACUCAAGGACCUCACACCUGGCAAGCCUCUCAAAGCCGAGAUCAAGCACGCGGACGGCAAAGUUGAUACCAUAACUUUGAACCACACGUUCAAUGACCAACAAAUUGGAUGGUUCAAGGCCGGUUCUGCGUUGAAUCGCAUGAAGGAAGUAGCUCUGGGAAAAUAGAGCGAUUGCCGAUCUAACUACGGGGAGCAGCGAUGAAAAAAUGGACAAGAAAGGAAAAGAAAAAAACCAGUAAAAGUAUAUAAAAUAAGGAUGAUGCCAAAAAUGCUGUUGCUAGUAUUUCUUAGAAUUUGAGGAAAAAGUCAGUCCUCUUAUUGCAUAGCGGGAAAAAUUUUGGUUACGGUCGAUGACGUUCACAGCGGCGGUUCAUCCAGAUAGUCAUUAACAAUCAGAUCAUGGAAAAAUUAAGGUAGCUGCUUAGGUGAAUCAUCAUAGUAGGGUGUAACCAUUGUCACUAAAGAGAAAAAAAAAAAAAAUAAUCAUGCGACGUUGAAAAAUUUUUACACUGAAGUUAUUCGCGGGCAAUAAAUUCCGUAAUCAUUUGGCAUGCGAAUUUCAUCUCAAUCACUUCUUUGGUUGUUGGAUAAGGAUAAGCGGAAUGUAUGAAUUGAAAAAUUCUGUUCGUGAUGGAGAAAGAAUGAUUGCCCGUCAGUAGGUGCGUUACUAGUUGUUACUUAUUGUAUUAGAUAUCAUUAAUUACUUCGUAAUCUUGUAUAUAUUAUCCAUUAUAAUAAUCAACUGAGCAAGUGCUGUCGUUUUUGCAGUUCAUGCGGUGUCAAUAAAGUUAUACCUGAUAGUUCCGAACCCAA